ACACACCACUCUCCCUAUCUCUCUGAUUGAAAAUCUCUUUCCCUGUAGCCUUUCUCUUUCUCUGUGUCUCUUGUGUGUAUGUACGAUCUUUGUUUUUCUCAGACUCAGUUCAGAAAGUUGUGUGUCUCAGAUCCCAAUAUAUGCAACUGUCUCAAACGCCAUAAUGGCAUGAAGAAGAUCAUAACCUCUCAUGCCUCUUUCAAUUUCUCUCUGUAGUGGUCCUCUCUAACCUACACAACCCCCCAAAACUCUCUUAUUCUUUCUCUACCACCCUUUUAUAAUUCUCCCUCUUCUCUUCCAAACCCAUUUCUCCAAAUCCCAAACUGAUCAAAUCCCACCUCUCCUUUUUCAAAAAUGCAAGACAGCGGCUUGGGAAUGAUGGGUUCCGGCGGAGUGAGCAGUGGCGGCGGCGGUGGUGAUGACCACGUUCACCAACUCAAGUCCGAGAUUGCCACACACCCUCUCUACGAACAGCUCCUGUCGGCACACGUGUCGUGCCUCCGUGUCGCCACGCCGAUCGAUCAGUUGCCACUAAUUGACGCUCAGCUAUCUCAGUCACACCAUCUCCUCCGCUCCUACGCCUCGCACCACCAACAGCACAGCCACUCUCUCUCGCCCCACGAGCGCCAAGAGCUCGAUAACUUCUUGGCGCAGUAUUUGAUAGUGUUAUGCUCGUUCAAAGAACAGCUGCAGCAACAUGUGAGAGUCCACGCCGUCGAGGCGGUGAUGGCCUGCCGUGAAAUUGAGAGCACCUUGCAGGCUCUUACUGGAGUGAGUCUGGGUGAAGGAACAGGCGCAACUAUGUCAGAUGAUGAAGAUGACAUGCCAAUGGAUUUCUCUAUGGAUCAGGCUGGCUCUGAUGCCCACGACAUGAUGGGAUUUGGACUCCCUACUGAAUCUGAAAGAUCUCUCAUGGAAAGAGUCCGUCAGGAAUUGAAGAUUGAGCUCAAGCAGGGUUUUAAGUCGAGAAUUGAGGAUGUAAGGGAGGAAAUCUUAAGAAAAAGAAGGGCAGGCAAAUUACCUGGGGACACAACUACGGUGCUGAAGAAUUGGUGGCAGCAACACUCGAAGUGGCCUUAUCCAACUGAAGAUGACAAGGCAAAACUUGUGGAAGAGACAGGGUUGCAGCUAAAGCAAAUAAACAAUUGGUUCAUCAAUCAAAGGAAGCGCAAUUGGCACAGCAACUCUCAGUCAGUGACCUCUUUGAAGUCGAAGCGCAAAAGAUGAGACGAUUGUUCAAUGGAAGAAGUAAAUGCUUACUUUUGUGUCUGAUAUAUAUUUUGCUAUUUUGUGACCUUGGGGGGUGGGGAGUAAAUAUAAUAAUCUAGCCUAGCCAACAGUUGUGAAAGCAUUGAAGAGUUUUAGAUGUUUGAUACAGAAGUAACAAUGGGCAACAAAUAGCUUAAUUACAUGUGAGGUUGGUAAAUUCAUGUUCUCCAAUGGAGUAGUACUCGGUAGAACUCUUUCCCGUUGUACUAUAUGUCUACUUAAUUUUGAGUUUGCUUCGAUUGAUAUUUGCAAAUGUAGACUGAUUAUGAUCUCUUUCUAUAAAAUUGUUGCAAUAUUUUCC